GGCGCGAACAGCGGAAGGGUAACUGGUAAACUAGCCAAACCUGUGCACAAUUUAUUACUGAUUCUGGCUUUAGAAGCUCGUUUCUGCUGAGUACUCGAACAUUAGAGCGGCCGAAAAACGUUAAGGUCUGCUUUGCCACAGAUCAGUCCAGAGACAUGUCACGACAGAUGGAAGACAGCCAUCGACGGUUCCUACAGACCAUGAUGGCCAAUGGCAUCGUUGAUGAACAAAGUGCAAGGACGCUAUAUCAAUAUUGUUGUGAAACCCAUAACACACAGCACGUCCCUGAUAAACUGGAUGAUUUCAUAGAAACCAUCAACUCAAAGCUGCAGCCCUUGUUCAUGCAAAUUAGAAAAGGGAUGUCCGAAGACAACGGUGACCAGUUCUAUGCAUUGGUGAACAUGGCUGAGACUGAUGUCACCAGGAUGUCGUCAGAUUACGCUGACAAUGAGCUGGAGCUGUUCAGGAAAACGAUGGACCUGAUCGUUUGCUCUGAGAAUGGCAAGGCCUCCUCCACUGAUAUUCUGAACAGCGCCGACAUCCUGACCACCAAAAAGCUGAAGAAGAGCGAGACCGAGCACCUCUUGAACCGACUCGUGCAUGACAAAUGGCUCAAUGAGAAACGGGGUGAAUACACUUUGUCCACCAGAUGUAUUAUAGAGAUGGAGCCAUAUAUUCGCUCAAUGUACCAGGACCAGGUCAAAGUUUGCCACAUCUGUCGCAACAUUGCUUUUCAGUGCCAAAUUUGUGAGAAGCCUACAUGUGGUAUAAAAAUACACAACCCCUGUGUGGCCAGAUAUUUCAAAGGAAGAGCAGAGCCGCGUUGUCCAGCUUGUGAUGACUUUUGGCCACAUGAAAUCCCUGAAGUCAGACGGCCCCGGUCUCAGUCCAGGCGAUGAGGAUUUCAGCAUCAAAUGUGUUUAGUAUUUUUAAAAUAACUUUGUAAUAAACCAAACUGUUAAUAUAACAAUCUUUUAUAGUUAUUUUUUACAAAAAGGAAUGCCAUUUCUUAUUGUGCUAAUUUUUUACGCAAUAUAUCUGCAUCUAAAUGUUGGUUCCGUCUUUUAUUCCAUCCCUCUAGUCAUUUUCAGAUUGCUCCCUCGUAUAUGCCACUUUAAGCGCAAUUAUUAAGAACGUAAGAAGGCUUCUCAAAAUGUAAUGUUAAAACACUUUUUGUUUCAUAUAUGAUCAUUUUCUCCAACAAGAUUCUGCAUCUGGUAUUUCAGGCUGUUGUGGG